GGAGAUGUGCAGGCAGAAAGAUAAUUGUGAAAUCUGUUAUUCUGUUCCAAAAUCAAGCAGGAGACAGAGAAAGAGCAAAUGUCUUUGCUGUUCUCCUUUCAAGCACUUCCACUUGUACCAUCACUAACCAUUACUGGUAUUUCUUCUUCUUCUUUACCGUAUGGUCUACCUCACCGUUUCAAUCCAAAGCUAAACAACGAUAAUAGCCACCGGCAACUCCUCUAUCGUUCUUCCAAUCCCAAAACCUCUUUCAAAUACCCAAUUCGCUGCUCCUCCUCUUCAAUGCCUCUGCAAGAACUCUCCACUUCUACUUCUCAGUUUCAGGAUAGCUUGUUGUACUCAAGGGCUUUCUGGGUAUCAAAAACUAUAAUUGCUUGGAAUGUGGACGUUGGUGAUAAUGGUUCUUGCUUUUUAUACGCUAGUGACACUGGUUCUUUAUCUGUUUCUAAUGCUGGCAUUCAAGGCCAUGAUGUUGAAGUUAAGCUGGAGAAAUACAAUGGUGGGCUUCCGGAGAAUGUUGUUGUGAAGUUUCCACAUAUUCGGGAUUACAGAGCUUUUAAAGCUCCACCUACUCUUGAUGCAAAAUCUCUUCUUAAAUGCCAAUUAGCAGUUGCAUCAUAUGAGGCUGAUGGGAAAUGUAGAAGUGCUACUGGUCUGCAGUUACCUGGUAUUUUGGAUGAAUUAUACUCAUACGAUGGUCCCCUUGGUGCACAUUAUUCCAAAAAUGCUGUAUCACUCCAUCUUUGGGCUCCCACUGCUCAAGCAGUUUUAGUGUACAUUUAUAAGGAUUCCUUCAGCAAGGUUCCUCUAGAGAUUCAUCAGCUCAAGGAGGUUAAUGGAGUUUGGAGCAUUAAAGGACCAAAAGAUUGGGAAGGUUGUUAUUAUGUGUAUGAAGUUUCUGUCUAUCAUCCCAGCACCUUACGCAUUGAAAAAUGCUAUGCGAAUGAUCCAUAUGCUAGAGGGCUCUCAUCAGAUGGGAAAAGGACAUUAUUAGUGAAUCUCACUUCUGAAUCUUUAAAACCUGAAGGAUGGGAUAAUUUAGCCAAAGAAAAACCUAGUUUACUUUCUUUCUGCGAUAUCAGUCUCUAUGAGUUGCAUAUAAGGGAUUUUAGUGCCAAUGAUCAGACUGUGCAUCCUGACUUUCGGGGUGGUUAUCUGGCCUUUACUUUUGAGAAUUCAGCAGGUGUACUUCAUCUAAAGAAAUUAUCAAAUGCUGGCAUUACUCAUGUUCAUUUGUUGCCAACCUUUCAAUUUGCUGGUGUUGAUGAUGUCAAGGAGAAUUGGAAGUGUGUGGAUAACAAGAUGCUAGAAACUUUACUGCCAGAUUCCAUCGAACAACAAGCUCAGAUCACGGCAGUCCAAGAUAAUGAUGGGUAUAACUGGGGGUAUAAUCCUGUUCUCUGGGGAGUCCCGAAAGGAAGUUAUGCAAGUAAUCCAAAUGGUCCUUCUCGCACGAUUCAGUUUAGGAAGAUGGUUCAGGCACUUAAUCGUAUUGGUCUUCGUGUUGUUUUGGACGUUGUCUACAAUCAUUUGCAUGGAAGUGGGCCUUUUGAUGAGAAUUCUGUUCUUGAUAAGAUUGUUCCAGGUUAUUAUUUGAGAAGGAACAUUGAUGGCAUUAUUGAAAAUAGUACAUGUGUGAAUAACACUGCUAGCGAGCAUUAUAUGGUUGAGCGCUUGAUCAUUGAUGAUCUUUUAAACUGGGCUGUUAACUAUAAGGUUGAUGGAUUCCGCUUUGACCUUAUGGGUCAUUUGAUGAAAAGUACAAUGGUAAAAGCAAAAAUUGCACUCCACAGCCUAUCAGUGGAAAGAGAUGGAGUUGAUGGUUCAAGUUUGUAUAUUUAUGGUGAAGGUUGGGACUUUGGUGAAGUUGCGAAAAAUGGUCGUGGGGUAAAUGCUUCACAGUUCAAUCUUUACGGGACUGGAAUUGGGAGUUUUAACGAUCGAAUUCGGGAUGCAAUGCUUGGUGGAUCUCCAUUUGGCCAUCCUCUUCAUCAAGGAUUUGUGACUGGCCUAAUGUUGCAGCCUAAUGGUCAUGACCAUGGAGGAAAAGAUGUUGAAGAACUCAUGCUUACCACAGCAAAGGAUCAUAUCCAGGUUGGAAUGGCUGCAAAUUUGAGGGAUUUCGUGCUAAUCAACAGUGAAGGGAAAGAGGUGAAAGGAUCAGAAAUAACAACUUACGGUGGAGAACCUGUUGCAUAUGCUCUAUCUCCCACAGAAACAAUUAAUUAUGUUUCUGCUCAUGACAAUGAAACCCUAUUUGAUAUAGUGAGCAUGAAGACUCCAAUGGAAAUUUCUGUGGAUGAGAGAUGCAGAUUAAAUCAUUUGGCGACAAGUAUAAUUGCACUAUCACAGGGCAUACCAUUUUUCCAUGCUGGUGAUGAGAUGCUGCGUUCAAAAUCACUUGAUCGUGAUUCAUACAAUUCUGGUGAUUGGUUCAACAGGCUAGACUUCUCUUACAAUUCUAACAAUUGGGCUGUUGGCCUUCCUCCACAGAAGAAAAAUGAAAAGAACUGGCCACUAAUAAAACCAAGAUUGGCAGAUCCAUCCUUCAAGCCUCAAAAGCAUCAUAUUGUUGCUGCCACUGAGAAUUUCUUAGAUGUAUUGCAGAUGCGAUAUUCUUCACCCCUUUUCCGUUUGACAACAGCUAAUGCUAUUCAGGAACGGGUACGAUUCCAUAACACUGGUCCUUCAUGGAUCCCUGGUGUCAUUGUAAUGAGCAUUGAAGAUGGCCAUGAAGGUUUCCCUGGGUUAUCUCAACUGGAUCCCAUUUACUCAUACAUUGUUGUUAUUUUCAACACUCGUCCAACCAAGGUGUCAUUUACCAGCCCUGCUCUGCGGGCAAGAACUUUUGAGCUACAUCCUGUGCAGGUUAAAUCAGCUGAUGAAGUUGUCAAGAACUCGAGGUACGAAGCAUCCUCGGGGUGCUUCACUGUGCCCCCAAUUACAACAUCUGUCUUUGUCGAGCAUAGAUAAACUUAGUAAAUUUUUGCCAGAAGAUCUAGCACGUACAAUGAUCUUAAGAAAUUAUGUGGUAAGUUGCCUAUGCUGGUUCUCAUGCAAGGCUACUCUUCCCAGGGAAAGGUCGCACAACCACGGAGAAGAUUCUCUAGGCACUAAGAUGGAUGUCUGAAUGUAAUAUCUAAGAAAAUUUUGUGAAGAUUUGAGGAAUAAGUUGCCAGAUAUGGCAUUUGCAUAUGAAAUUUGCCAUCACAUUUCUCACAAUCAUAAAA